AUGGAAUCACCAGUUGGUGGUUCAAGAAGCACAUCUGUUGUUGUGGUUGUGGUGGAUACAUGUGAAGUUUAUAUUGUUGUUAGCUUGUCUACUAGGACUGACACUCAGGUGAUUUAUGUUGAUCCUUCGACUGGGGCGCUUCGCUAUCGAGGGAAAUUCGGUUUUGAUGUUUUUAGGUCUGAGAAUGAAGCUUUAGAUUAUUUAAGCAAUGGAUCACCCUCGCAUUGUAAGAGUAAAACCCAUGCCAGGGCAAUAUUGGGCUAUACUGCCUUGGGAGGUUAUGGAUUCCUUCUUGUUGCUACCAAUUUAGCUGAUAGUAUUCCUGAUUUGCCAGGUGGGGGAUGUGUGUUUACUGUAAUCGAGAGUCAAUGGAUCAAAAUACCACUUCAUAAUCCUCAGCCUCAGGGUAGAGGGGAAAUAAAGAAUGUACAAGAAUUGGCUGAGGUAGACAUUGAUAGGAUGCACUUCUUUUGUGAGACAAGAGAUAUUACUCGACCAUUUCCGAGUCGGAUGCCUGUGCUUAGUCCCGAUAAUGAAUUUGUUUGGAAUGGUUGGCUUUCAUUGCCUUUUAUAAACAUUGGGUUGAUGCAGCACUGUGUUAUCCUUUUGCAGGGCUUCGUGGAGAGUCGAAGUUUUGGUAGUUUAGGUCAGGUAGAAGGGAUUGUUGCUCUAACAGCUCGUCGAAGUAGGCUGCAUCCUGGUACCCGAUACUUGGCUAGGGGUAUAAAUUCAUGCUUUAGUGCAGGUAAUGAAGUAGAGUGUGAACAAAUUGUAUGGGUGCCUAAAAAGCCUGGUGAGAGUGUACCUUUUAACACAUAUAUUUGGCGACGGGGCUCAAUUCCAAUGUGGUGGGGUGCAGAACUAAAGAUGACUGCUGCUGAAGCAGAAAUUUAUGUUUCAGAUUGGCAUCCAUAUAAAGGAAGUUUGCAGUAUUAUCAAAGAUUAUUUAAACGGUAUGAUGCUCGUAACUUAGAUGUUGGUAUUGGAGAAAAUCAGAAUGAAAAGCCCUUUGUCCCGAUUGUAUGUGUCAACUUGCUUCGUAAUGGAGAAGGAAAGUCUGAACGCAUUUUAGUUCAUCACUUUGAGGAAUCAUUGAACCAUAUUAAAUCCACAGGAAAACUUCCUUAUACUCGAAUUCAUUUAGUGAAUUAUGAUUGGCAUGCUCGGAUUAGGUUACAAGGUGAACAACAAACAAUUGAAGAAUUGUGGAAACUUUUAAAAGCACCCACUAUGGCUAUAAGCAUUUCUGAGGGAGAUUAUUUGGCUCCACAAAUGCAACUUAAGGAAUGUAGAGGUGAAAUCAUCCACAAUGAUGACUUUGAAGGGGCUUUCUGCUUAAGAUCCCAUCAAAAUGGUGUGUUACGUUUCAAUUGUGCAGAUUCUUUGGAUAGAACCAAUGCUGCUAGUUACUUUGGGGCAGUGCAAGUAUUUGUGGAGCAGUGCCAGCGACUUCAGUUAUCUCUUGACAAUGAUUUGGCACAUGAACACCAGUCAGUUGAUAACAAUGACAGCGAUACCGCACCACUCCCACCUGGUUGGGAGAAACAAUCUGAUGCAUCAACAGGGAAGAAUUAUUAUAUUGAUCACAAUACGGAGACCACAAUAUCGAAUCAUCCAUGUCCAGAUAAACCAUGGAAGAAAUUUGACAUGACAUUUGAGUUUUCUGCCGCACAAAAUGUGAAAAUCACUAUUCAAAGGAGAUAUAAAAAUGCAGUUGUGGAUAGUUCUCGUCAAAGGCAGUUGGAAAUGUUCCUUGGAAUAAGGCUUUUCAAGCAUCUUCCAUCUGUUCCAAUUCAACCUUUGCAUGUAUUUUCCCGACCAUCUGGUUUCUUUCUUAAGACAGUCAGAAGUAUGUUUGAAACCUCUAGUGGUGGAGACAGUCUACUAAGUUUCAAGAAAAAGGAUCAAAUCUGGGUUUGUCCAGAAGCUACUGAUGUUGUUGAACUUUUUAUCUAUCUUGGUGAACCCUGCCAUGUCUGUCAGCUGCUACUCACAGUUUCCCAUGGUGCAGAUGAUUCAACUUAUCCUUCAACAGUUGAUGUGAGGACAGGGCGCAACCUAGAUGGACUUAAACUGGUUGUCGAGGGAGCUAUCAUACCCCGGUGUGGAAAUGGGACAAAUCUUUUGAUUCCCUUAUCAGGCCUAAUUAGUGCAGAUGACAUGACUGUCACUGAAGCUGGUGCACACCUUCCUGAUCAAGUUAGAUCUCUAUCAUUAUUGUAUGAUUUUGAAGAAUUAGAGGGAGAUUUGGACUUUCUUACACGUAUAGUGGCAGUUACAUUUUAUCCUGCUGCUUCCGGAACUCCUAUGACUCUUGGUGAGGUGGAAAUCCUUGGAGUUUCUCUGCCUUGGAAUGGAGUGUUUGCUAAUGAAGGGCGUGGUGCCAGACUAAUUGAGCUGGCAACGAAAUAUCAAAAGGAAACCAAUCCUUAUUUUUCUGGUUCGGACACAAACCUAUUUACUAGCAUUUCUCUAUCCCAUGAUGCUGUGCCAGCAUCAGCUAAACAGGGUUCUGCCGAUAAAGGGGUUACAGAAAAUGCUGAUUCCAAGGGAGGUGAUCAUAAAUCCUCUACAUCACAGGAUAGUAGGCCUCAAGAGAAUGGUUCCCAGAAGUACCUAAACCGUCUAAUAUCCCUUGCUGGGCCACAAAUGGAAAGAAGCCUAAACUUCCUUGAAGCAAUGGAAUUGGAUAUUGAACGUCUCCGGCUUAAUCUCUCAGCAGCUGAAAGAGAUACACUAUUGUCUAUUGGAACUGAUGCAGCUAAUGUAAAUCCAAAUUUUCUGAUUGAUGGAUCAUACAUGGGAAGAUUAAGCAAGGUUGCAAGUACCCUUGCAUUGCUUGGGCAAACUGCUCUUGAGGACAAGAUGAAUGGCGCUAUCGGUUUGGAGAAGAUCGAGGAUAAUGUUAUAGAUUUCUGGAAUAUUAGUAGCAUUGGAGAGAGCUGUUCUGGUGGGAUGUGUGAAGUGUGUGUUAAUACAAAGGAAACUCUAUCUGCUUCCUCAAUGGGGUCAUGUAAGGAUGGUUCAGAUUCUGUUUUCAAGUGUUCUGAGUGUCAUAAAAAGGCUUGUCGAGUUUGUUGUGCAGGGAGAGGAGCCCUUCUUCUGCAAAAUUAUCCUUUGGACGGAACAAAUUAUAAUGCCUUGUCAAGUCAAGGAACUCAGGUUGAUCGUACUACAAAUCGUUCAGUGACACUGGACAGUGUUGUUUGCAAGAAGUGCUGCCAUGAGAUAAUUCUUGAUGCAUUGGUAUUGGACUAUGUUAGGGUCUUGAUUAGCUUGCGAAGAAGAGCCCGGGCUGAUAGUGCAGCCUAUAAAGCUUUGGAUGAGGUUAUGGGAUUCUCAUUCCUUGAUGUCCCUUCUGACAGGAGCCAUCUCGAUGGUAAUCAUCAAGCUUUUAAUUCUUUGAAACAGUUGCUUUCUGGGGAAGAAUCACUUGCCGAGUUUCCAUUUGCCAGCUUUCUACACCCGGUCGAGACAGCGACAGAUUCAGCACCAUUCUUGUCGUUACUCACUCCCUUGGAUUAUGGAUUGUGGAAUUCAUAUUGGAAGGCUCCCCCUAAUACUACCUCUGUUGAUUUUGUUAUUGUGCUUGGCACACUUUCAGAUGUCAAGGGGGUCGUAUUGCUUGUAAGUCCAUGUGGUUAUUCCGAAGCUGACACUCCCAUGGUGCAAAUCAUGGCGAGCAAGAAACUAGACAGGGAAGAAAAGUCCUGCCUAGGAAAAUGGGAUGUCCAGGCUCUGAUCAGCUCUUCACCGGAAUUUUAUGGACCUGAAAAGUCUGGUGGAGAUGAUAAGUUGCCUCGACAUAUAAAGUUUACUUUCACGAAUCCUGUUAGAUGUCGCAUUGUUCAGAUAACACUAAGCCUUCGCCUUGAGCGGCCUGGUUCAAGCUCUCCACAAGAAACUCAAUGUGCAUCUUUUGGAGGAGCAAUGCAAUGUGAUCCACGCCUUCAUGCCAAACAUAUAGUGAUAGCCGGAAGCCCUGUACGAGAAGAGAUGGGGAAUGGAUCAUCAGAAAGUACUGAUCAAAUCAAUUAUAUAAACCGGUUGAACCAAGCUCCGCAGUUAAGUAGAUUCAAGGUUCCAAUCGAGUCCGAGAGGCUAAUGGACCACGAUCUCGUCUUAGAGCAGUAUCUGCCUCCUUCUUCACCAUUUCUUGCCGGAUUCCUACUAGAAGCUUUCAAUACAAUAAAGCCUCGGAUCACUCAUUCACCAUCUUCAGAUGCAGAUAUCUGGGAUACAUCAAUAACAUUCUUAGAAGACAGACAUAUCUCCCCAGCUGUUUUAUAUAUUAAAGUAUCUGCAAUCCAGGAUGGAAAAGGAUCCAACAUGGUGACAAUUGCCGAAUAUAGAUUGCCAGAGACCAAACCAGGAACACCUAUGUAUUUUGAUUUCCCUGAACAAAUACAAACUCGCAGAAUCUGUUUCCGACUUGUCGGAGAUGUUUCAGCAUUUGCAGAUGAUCCGAUGGAGCAGGAUGUUUCGGGUUUUAGAGCUCCACCAGCAGGCUUAUCCCUAUCAAAUAAAAUCAAGCUGUAUCACUGUCCAUAUAGUCAUGAUGGUACCGGUACGUAUUGAUAUUAAGGUUCAGUUCCAUGGUGGAGAUGGUGGUGGGCUUCAACGGCUCUGUGAGGAGUUAUGUUUGGUGAUA